ACUUCUGAGGAAAAUGAAACUUAGCCCUGACUGUACAACAACAUCACGACAAAGGAUACCUCUGAUAACAGCUUUCAGCCAGAUCUUGCUGCACCAUGACGACCUACCUGGGCCCGGUCUGGGCCAGCGGCCUGUGGAUUCCUCUGCUCCUGACCUGCGGUGAGUGCAUUCUCCCAGCCCCUAUCAAUGUGUCCAUUCUGUCUUUCAACCUGGAACACAAUCUCACCUGGCUUCCAGGUGUGGACGCGCCAGCCCAUGCUCAGUUCAGAGUGCACAGCCUGCAUCUCAGGAGAAAUUUGUGGAAGCCAGUGAAAGGUUGUGAGUUGUUGAGGAUCAGCCAGACAUGCAACCUGACGAAAGCCUUCAAGGAUCCUCUGGGGUACUACCAGGCCCGUGUCCAGGCCUUCACACCCACUAAGACCUCCAACUGGACCCUCUCUUCUCUCUUUCACCCUCUGACUGAAACGGUUGUGGGGCCUCCCGGGGUUGCUGUGUCUGGCUGUGGGAACUGCCUGCUUCUGAAGCUCACUCCUCCUGCAGAUAGGGGGCGCCAGCUGUCCUUUCUCUACAGGGAUUUCACUUGUCAGGUGCAGAAGACUAGGGACGGCUCCCAGUUCAGUCUCUGGGUUGUGUCCACUAAGGAAACUGUGAUUGAUUACCUGGAGCCUGGAGCGGAGUACUGCUUGACGGCUGUGGCCUCGUCCGUCCUGAACCCCCACGUAAUGCCCUCCGAGCCCCACUGCGUCUUCACCAGUCCCCCCGCCUCCAGCUACGUGCCCAUGUUCCUGGGCGUGCUGUCUGUGUUCUGCCUCCUGGGGGCGCUCUUCACAGGAGCAGUGGUGUACACGGGUCACCUGCUCUGCCUGGCUAAACCUCUCCCCAAAACUCUGUCGUCCAUCCCUCUUAUUGGUUGGAACUCACACCAACAGCAGCAGCUGGAAGUCUACAGCCAAAUCUCAGUCCUUUCUCCAGGAUGCUCUGAAUGGGGUUGGGUCCUCCGAGACAAAGUGCCGCUGCAGAAGACCAGCCCUGGGGAGGAAGAGGAGGAGGAUGAAGGCUAUGGACGAGUGAUCUCAUCAGAAUAAACUGCCAGAGUCCUCGGUGGACAGUCGGUUACUGGCUGAACAGGAAUCCUAUAGUACUGAAUGGAGCAAGGAAUUAUUGUGCCAAACUAUUUGUAUGUUAGUGUGCUUACCGAGUAUUUUAAUCUUGUGUAUUUGUGAAGCUGUGACAUUCAUGAGAUUCAGGUCUCCUCAAUAAUUUGUUGAACUAAAAACUAUUGUUUAUAUUGAAUAUAUAAUCAUUUAUCCUGAAUAAAAACGGUC